CACGUGCCCAAACGAAUUUGAGGUUGGUUUUGUGAUUGAGUUAUCCGGACAUACAUGAUUAGAAAAUCAACAUGGUUGUUCUAAAAGAAAUAUUGAAGCAAUCGGAACAAGAAUCUCUUAAAUAUAAAUCUAUCGACGUACAAAAGCAUUUGGAGGUACAAUUAGAUGUGGGAAGUCUAUUAGCGGCCGAUCCAAACGUUUUGGACGAACAAAGUUUAAAACGAAAUAAAGAUAGCUACUUAUUAGAUUUAACGAGAGACAACGUUCAACUUCUGUUCAAUAAGGUUUGGGACCUCCCAACAGAAAGAGUAGAAGAAGCCAUUGUUGCUAAAUUACCACCUGCAAAAUAUAUACUCCCCAGAAGUAAACCUUGUCCGAAACCUAGAGCUCUCACGAAAUGGGAACAAUUCGCGAGAGACAAGGGUAUUCAGAAAAAGAAGAAGUCUAAACUGACCUGGGAUGACCAGUUGAAGAAAUGGGUCCCUAGGUUCGGAUUCAAGAAAGUUAAAGCCGAUAAAGAGAAAGAUUGGGUGAUCGAAGUGCCCCAAAAUGCCGAUCCUAUGGAGGAUCAGUUCGAGAAAAAGGCGAUGGCUAAAGGUGAAAGAAUAGCCAAAAACGAAUUGCAACGAUUGAGAAACAUAGCAAAAGCGAAAAAUGUGAAAGUUCCCAGGUUUGGAGUUCUAGAUCCUGAAAAAUCUUCAUCCAAAGAUAUACUUGCUGCAAUCACAGUUGCGAAAGCCUCUACAGCAAGUGUUGGGAAGUUUCAAGAUAAAUUACCGCGUGAAAAAGAAGCUCGAGGCAUUGCCACAAUCACGCCAGGUGCUUCUAACAGAAAAAGGAAACUACCUCCAGUCUCAGCAGAGGAUGAAAAAGCCUUAAAUUUAUCUAUUGCAAAUUCUGUUCUAAACAAACGACCCAAAUUAGAUAUAGAGAAGGCGGUCUCCAAACAGAUACGAACUGGACCAUCAAACAUGGAAGAUGACGAUGAUGCUGCUCCUGGCAGAAAGAAGAGCAAAGGUGGUAAGAAAAGUAAUGCUCCGAAGAGUACCAAGGGAAAAAAACCUAAAAGUACUGGACAAAGGAAAGGAAAAGGAGGUGGUAAGGGGACAGGUAGGAAAAGGCGUUAAAAGGUUUUAUCGAGUUGUAGCCUCAUGAGUUAGAAGCUACGAGUUCAGAACGUUAUUGGAAAGAAAAGGUUCAAUAUCUUUUACCUUCUUUCCACACUCUAUUUGUAAAUAAUCUAUAAAUUAAGACUACUAUAGGUUAUACCAUUAUUCAUAUUCUUAAAAUAUAAAUAGUUAGUUUAUAUUUUAGAGUUCAGUUUUUUAAGAUAGAAUAUUUCUCUUUAUCUAUUUAAUUUAGAUAACAUGAUGAAGUAUUUAAUGUUUGUACUGAAGUAUAGUUGUGUAAAUAAAAUGGAAAUAUCGAUUUCAA